ACGGGACCGGGACAGUGAUGCUGGUCGGAGGGGCGGGGUAGGGCGCCCCGGUAUCCAGGUGCGGACCUCCCGGAGGGCGUACCCAGGCUGGAAUGCGACCCAGGUUCUCGGUGCUCAUUCUUCGGGGUCCUCGGCCGCUCGGCACCGCAUGCCCAGUCUCUUCAGGUCUCUACCAUCUCCUCCUGACCUUACCAAACAACCAUGUCAUCCGAAUCAAGCAAGAAACGGAAGCCCAAAGUGAUCCGAAGUGACGGAGCUCCAUCUGAAGGCAAGCGUAACCGUUCUGACACUGAACAGGAAGGUAAAUACUACAGCGAGGAGGCUGAGGUGGACCUGCGGGACCCUGGCAGAGACUAUGAGCUGUACAAGUACACAUGCCAAGAGUUGCAGAGGCUCAUGGCCGAGAUCCAGGACCUGAAGAGCCGAGGAGGCAAGGAUGUGGCAGUCGAGAUAGAAGACCGGAGGAUCCAGAGCUGUGUGCAUUUCAUGACUCUAAAGAAGCUUAAUCGAUUAGCCCAUAUCAGGUUGAAGAAAGGAAGAGAUCAGACGCAUGAGGCCAAGCAGAAAGUAGAUGCCUAUCACCUGCAGCUCCAGAACCUGUUGUAUGAGGUGAUGCACCUGCAGAAAGAGAUCACCAAAUGUCUGGAGUUUAAGUCGAAGCAUGAAGAAAUUGAUCUGGUCAGUUUAGAGGAGUUUUAUAAGGAGGCUCCUCCAGAUAUUAGCAAGGCGGAAGUCACCAUGGGAGACCCUCACCAGCAAACCCUUGCACGUCUGGACUGGGAGCUGGAGCAACGGAAAAGGCUAGCAGAGAAAUACCGAGAGUGCCUGUCCAACAAGGAGAAGAUCCUCAAGGAGAUUGAGGUGAAGAAGGAGUAUCUGAGCAGCCUCCAGCCUCGCCUCAAUAGCAUCAUGCAGGCUUCCCUCCCAGUGCAAGAGUACCUGUUCAUGCCGUUCGACCAGGCUCACAAGCAAUAUGAGACAGCUAGACACCUGCCACCGCCUCUCUAUGUCCUCUUUGUCCAGGCCACUGCGUAUGGGCAGGCUUGUGCUCAUAUGAAAUCUUCCCAGCCCCCUAGACAGGAUAAGAUGUUGUCUGUGGCGAUUGAAGGCAGUGUGGAUGAAGCUAAGGCUCUAUUUAAGCCUCCUGAGGACUCCCAAGAUGACGAGAGCGACUCUGAUGCUGAAGAGGAGCAGACCACGAAACGCCGGCGGCCCACACUGGGUGUUCAGUUGGAUGACAAGCGCAAGGAGAUGCUGAAGAGGCACCCACUGUCUGUUAUGCUGGAUCUAAAGUGUAAAGAUGACAGUGUGCUUCACUUGACUUUCUACUACCUCAUGAACCUCAACAUCAUGACAGUAAAGGCCAAAGUAACGACCACCACGGAGCUGAUCACCCCCAUCAGUGCAGGUGACUUGCUGUCUCCUGACUCAGUCCUGAGCUGUUUGUAUCCAGGGGAUCAUGGAAAGAAGACUCCGAAUCCAGCCAAUCAGUAUCAGUUUGAUAAAGUUGGCAUCCUGACUUUGAGAGACUACGUCCUUGACCUAGGUCACCCCUAUCUGUGGGUCCAGAAGCUGGGUGGUCUCCACUUUCCCAAAGAGCAGCCCCAGCACACAGUGAUUGCUGACCACUCGCUAAGUGCCAGCCACAUGGAGACCACCAUGAAACUACUGAAGACCAGGGUGCAGUCCCGCCUGGCCCUCCAUAAGCAGUUUGCAUCCCUGGAACAUGGCAUUGUACCAGUAACCAGUGAUUGCCAGUACCUCUUCCCUGCAAAGGUUGUCUCCCGUCUGGUCAAGUGGGUGACAAUUGCCCAUGAAGAUUACAUGGAGCUGCAUUUCACCAAGGACAUUGUGGAGGCAGGACUGGCUGAGGACACCAAUCUCUACUACAUGGCCCUUGUGGAAAGGGGCACAGCCAAACUCCAAGCUGCUGUAGUGCUGAACCCUGGCUACUCCUCCAUUCCACCUGUUUUCCAGCUGUGUCUGAACUGGAAAGGAGAGAAAACCAGUAGCAACGAUGACAACAUUCGGGCCAUGGAGAGUGAGGUCAACGUGUGCUACAAGGAGCUGUGUGGCCCCCGACCCAGCCAUCAGCUCUUGACCAACCAGCUGCAGCGCCUGUGUGUGCUGCUGGAUGUCUACCUGGAGACGGAGAGCCACGACGACAGUGUGGAAGGGCCCAAGGAAUUUCCCCAGGAGAAGAUGUGUCUGCGGCUUUUCAGGGGGCCCAGCAGGAUGAAGCCAUUUAAGUAUAACCAUCCUCAAGGAUUCUUCAGCCAUCGCUGACCUCCCACUCAGCCUGUUUCCCCCUAGGCCCUAAGUGCUGUGCUUCUGCUUUCUGUUCUGGCCCACAUGUGGCUCUUGAUAUUCUCCAAAGACAGGCUUUUUAUUUCUAGCCUAUUAAAGUGUCACUUGACCAAGUA